CAAUAAUAUCGCAGUAGUGGUUUUUAAAUUCGUUUUCGAACAGACGACGGUUUCAGACGGCUUCUGGCAGUGGGGUUUCUCGCCCGAUUGCCUGUGUGCGAUUUGUUGUUGUAGAAUCUUUAGUUGUCAGAGACUGUAUUUAUGUAUGAUUCUUUUAUCAGCGCAGCAACUAGCGCCACGACGAGGAUGACCGCAACACGUAAUGUUUUCAGGAGUCCUCUCGCCGCCCUGGCCUGGGUUUGCCUGUUCUCCAGUAGCGUGCGCGGUUUGGCAGGAGGUAACGCAAUUAUUCUCAGUGUUGGAAACCAUACUGAUGCAUGAUGUGUUGAGGACUAAGUAGCGCAAGAGCGCGAGCUCGAGAAAUGUCAAGAUCGCGCACGUUUUUUUACUUCCGGCCAGCACUUAUUGUUCGUUUUCUAGAACACUUAUUGUUUUCAACAAACAAAUAACAAAUCAACUACCCAUUUAGAUCCGACAACAAAACCCGAGAUCGAGGCAGACUUGCAGCGUUCGCCACCGUCGACGCAGGAGCAGGUUUCCAGAACAGACAUCCGGGUUGCGACUUCUCCUGCAAGUUCGUCUGAUUCUUCAACAAACAGCCACCCAGCGCAACCAGUCGAACAGCAACAAGAAGACCAAGAUGCUGGAACACCACCACCAGCAUUACCCGGUCAACAGCAACCGCCGCCGAAGCGAGGGAAGAUACUGCGCCGAGAAAGCAACGCUGCAACGGCAGAUGUUGUCGUCGUAGCACCAGCUGCGGUAGCAGCUCCAGCUCGUGUGAGCUACUCGGCAAUCGCGGAGAUCGACCCGAAUUCGGAACUUGUUUCGUCGUCCACGUCUGUCGUCCAGGUGCGGGCAGCUGGUGGCACCGGUGAACCCGGAGCGAUUGCGGCGCCAGGGGCUGCGGCGGCGGGCGGCGCCGGAGCAACAGCCGGCGGGGAGGACGUCCUCCGGCAGAAGUUUGACAAGUACGACAACGACAAAUCGGGACACCUGGACGCGGAAGAGUUUAAGAAGUUACUGGUGGAGACGUCAGGAGAUUACUUUCGCGUGAUCGACAAGGACGGUAGCGGGGAAAUCGACUACGAUGAGUUCAACCACUGGCACACGCAGGUUGGCUAUCAAAUGCAAAUAUGUCUGGGUCUGGAAGAUUGCAACUUGUCACGCUAAAUCCGAAUCAUGCAAAAAUCUGUGUUGCGUGAGCGGUAAAAGCUGUCCACUUUCGGGGCCAAGUUGGAACUAGGUAGUUUCUGAUGCAGGAUAGGCAUCACAAAGACCUCACAGAGUCUGUCAUGCCAGGUCCAGCAUUCCAGACCUCAUGGGUCAACAUGGAAAACGUGCGUGACAAGUUUACAGGCUUGUUCCAGACCCAGACAGAUUUGCAGUUGAUAUUGGCCACCAGGAGCAGAAACUGAAAGAGAACUUUGCGAAGUUCGAUGCCAACAAAUCCGAGCGGAUUGACAUAAAGGAAUUCACGUCGCUUAUCAACAGGAAAAAUCCCCCCUCCCCAUAUCAAAACGAAAUUUCUGAUGCUGGAUUUGCGUACACAGAUCAAAUUUGUGCUGCAGUUGAGGACUGCAGGCCUAUAUCAUGCAACUGUAGAGAGGUUUUAGUCUAGGCACUUAGCAUGAAGGACGUCUAUGCUGUAGGCCCAACAGCAUUACAAACCGCCUGCAUAAUCGGGCGGAGCCCAAAGCAUUGCUUUCUUGCAAGACAGACGCGAUUUGUGGUCACAAAUCAGCUUCGCAAAUUCUCUGAGGCGUGCCUUUUCAAUAUGGGGAGGGGGGAUUUUCCCUUACGAUAUCGCUGCUCGCGGCGACCUCGGACGAUUACUUUGAUACCAUUGAUUAUCGGAAGAAAAAACUGUUUCACUGUAAACUUGUAAUGCAGAAAACGCAUCUGAGAAGUGGUUGUCUUGCUACACAUGCAAGACGCUAGAUUUUCCGCUGUGUUUUCCCUCAGGAGUCUCGCGUGGCAAAUUUUCUCUGUGAUGUAGCACAAACUUGUGAUGCAAAACUUGCAAAAUCCUUACAGUGAAGCACUUUUUUCGUGCGAUAUUGACGCCGACAAAAGCAAGCAAAUCGACUACAAGGAAUUCGAGGACUGGCACCGGCGCGCCGGUUUCGGGGCGGCCCAGGAGAAGGCGGAUCUGAAGGCGAAGUUCGACAAGUACGACGAGGACAAGACGGGGCACCUGGAUAUCCUGUGUAAUAAAAACGUCCCCACCCCAGAGUUGUCAUGCAAACCUGCAUGCUGAAAUUGUUGCUGAUGCGGAGACCCAUGAGAAGCAGUUUCUACUCGUGUUUUGGGAUUUGUGAUGCUAGAAUCCGCAUGAUAGGCUAGAUCUGCGAUGCUGCUGAACAAGCUAAACAGGUUAUUACACUGCAGCGAGGACAAACGUGUCAUACAGUCUGUUUAUGUCAUGCGCAACGGCAAAAGCUGACAGAUUUGUCUAGCAGAUUUCCCAGGACGAGAUUUCCCAGCUUGCUUCUGGUGCGGGGACGUUUUACUCAGGAUACUGGACAAGGCCGAAUGGAAGAAGUUGCUGGUCGAAACCUCACACGACUACCUCAACGUGAUCGACAAGGACCACAGCGGGCACAUCGACUUCGAGGAGUUUGAGAGUUGGCACAAAGCCGCCGGUAUGCAUUGCAAAUAUGUCUGGGUUUGGGAGGACGCGAACUUGUCAUGCUAAGUCUGGAUCGUGCAAAAAUUUGUGUUGCAUGACUACCGAAAGCUGUCCACUUUUGGACAAGUUUAGAGGCAGUUUGUCAUGCAGGUUAGGCAUCAUAGAGACGUCGAAGAACCUGUCAUGCUAGGUCCUGCAUUCCAAACCUCAUGGGGCAUAGAAAAUAUGCAUGAGAAGUUUGUAUUCUUGCAGACCCAGACAUAUUUGCAUUCGAUAGCCGGAGUGGACGAACAGGGCGGGGCGGCGGAGUUGAAGCAAAAAUUUGACCAGUUUGACGCGGACAAGUCGAACCACAUGGACAAGGAGGAGUUCAAGAAGCUGGCCGAGAUACGCAUUGCAAAUGUGUCUGGGUCUGGAACAUUGUAACAAUAAACUUGUGAUGCGUACUGCUAUAGAUCACACAAAAACUUGUCUUGCGCGGAUAGCACAAGCUUCUCCUACUUUUUGGCCAUGGUGAAACGGUAACAUUUAUUCCUCGUGCGGGUGGAUAUGCAUCGCAAAGCGGAUCUUCCAAGUAGAGGACCCGUGACGCUAGUAUCACUUACAUGUCAGUCCUCGGGGGGCAUUCAAAAUCUGCAUGGGAAAAAACUCCUGCGCUCAUCCAGACCCAGUUAUGUUUGCACUCGAUACGAGGCCACGUCCGACGACUACUUCAAGUUGAUGGACAAGGACAACAGUGGGCACAUCGAUUUUGAUAUCAAAUGCAAAUAAUAUCCCUCGAUGUCUGGAAAGACUCAGCGAAUUUGUGUUGCUGAGUCUUGCAUGAAAGGGCGAUGCUCUGUACGGUCUACUUGACGCAUCACAAAUAUUUUUCGCGUGGUAUUGCGAGUGCGUGGUAGUAUGCUUUGCACGACCAACAAAGUUUCACAGCAUGACACAAAAACUGGCCAUUCGUAUUCCUGCAUUUGAUAUUCUAUGCUGUCCUUGAAAUUUUCCAUCACAAAUCCAGACCCAGACAUAUUUGCAAUGCAUAUUUGAAGAGUUCGACGAGUGGCACAAGAAGGUGGGAUUCACCGUGUCCGAAGAGAGCGAGCAGUGGUACCACAAGUUGCCGCACUGGUCCUUCCUGAUGGCCGGGGCGGUUGCCGCCGUGGCUGCGCUCGUGGUGCUGGUGAAGAUGGAAGCGGGGGACGGGGGUGGGGCGGCUGGGCGCGAGGGAAUGGGAAGCCAGCCCGACCCCGAUGUCGUCGGGGAAGUGUAA